AUGGCCUUGGAGGAGACGAAGGCCGCCGUCCACAUCCAGGACUACAUCCUCAGCAAGAGGCAGCAGGUCAUCGCCGACGCAGUGCUGGAGCUUCCCUUCACCAUAUCUCGCGACCACGAGUCCUUCGGCCUCCCGCCAGAGGAUCCAGACAUGCGGAAGCUUUGGACGAGAAACCUCCAACAGAGGUUUGGCCGAGUUGCAGAUCAGAUCAGUGGCGCCCAGUCUGCCAAGGUUGACGCCAGCAAGUUGCUCACAGAGGCCUCGGUCAUCAAAUGCAUGCUCGCGAUGGCCACUGAUCCACGAAUACGGCUACAACAAUACCGGUCGCAUAUAGAGGUGCUGGCAAAGGAGCAGAAAGAUAUCCAUGAGAAGAAGAAAGCCCUGCAGACAAAGGCGGACGCCAACACCCAGCGCAUCUCCGACCUGCGCCGCCUCAUCACAGACGUCAAGAUGGAGAUCGCAGCCGAAGCCGACACCGAUUGCGAGGCCGACUCCGAGACGCAGCAGGAAGCGCAGAGGAUCGAGAACCACGAGCGCGCGUUGCGACACGACCUCGAGCGUCAGACGCUCACCUACGAGCAGCAGCGCCAGGAGGCUUACCACAUGCUGGACGCCAUUCGAGCGGAGACGGCCUCCCUGGCGCGCACUGCACCAACCUCUGAGGUCGCAGCCCGCGAGCAUGAGAUGAGCGAACAACUUCAUCGCGAGUGCGAACGACUGCAGCGUGAGGGCCAGAGGAUCGAGCAGGUGAACCAGAUGCAAAGGAAGAACGACAUAGCUGAGCAGAUCGCGGAAGCCCAAGCAGACCUCAAGCGAGAGGAGAUCCAACAGGAGCACGUGAUCCAGCAGCAGACCCCCAUCGCAGCCAACAAGCUCCUCGAGGAACAUUACACAGUCCAGAGGGAGCGAGAGGUGGUCUAUCAGCAGGCGGAGCUCCAGCUCGAGGCGCAGCGCCACAUCCAGAACAAGUGUGACCAGCUCGAAGCCAAAGAAGCGGAGCACCAACGGGCUACCCAGCAGCACCAGCUCUUCUUCAACGAGGCUCAGGCUCUCCAGCAGCAGAUGCACCACAGGACCAAGUACGACCAGCAUCAACGUGAGCAGUUCCUGGAGAGAUACGGCCGAUACGAGGCAGAGAUGCACCAGCAGCAGCAGCUCGCCAACUCCGAGCUACAAGCCGCGCAGGCACAAAGACAAUCACAGGAAGAGCAUCAUCGUGAACAGCUGGCCCGACAACAGGAAGAGCAUCGAGUGCACCAAUCACUUCUCGAGAAGACUCUGCGGGAGCAGCUCGACAGCAUCGCACCCAGGAACGAUGCCGACAUGCUCGACGGCGUCGCCAGUGCGCUCGCCACGGAAAACGAGAAGCAGAAGAUGCAAGCCCAAGCCGACGACGAGGAGGCUUACCAGCGGGACAGCAUGCGCUCCGCCCUCCACGCCAUCGCUCCGUCGCACGAGUUCGACUACGACGUGACCCGUGAAUCGUACUACGCCGAGCUAAUCCAGAUGGAGACCCCGAACGCUGCAGUGCAUCGCGGCGCUCCCUCAUCUUCAGGAUCUCCGAAUGGCUUAACGCCGCCCUUCUACUGCAGCCUCUGCAAGUCGUGCGGCAACUACGCCAGCGCCAAGACGGAGAUCAUCAGGUGCAGGCGCUGUGGGAGCGAGAACAUCGAGGAUCGCUCCGUCGACCUCG